GGCCCGAGGUGGUCCCCUUGGCUGUGAGUAAACCCGUCUUUCCCAAUCUCUCAGAUCUCCAAAACCAUCGCAAUUGGUCCAAACCCACCUGCUGACCAUGUACCUCUCAUCGCGCAGUCUACCAAGGCCUCAUCCCCUGGGCCUGGAUUGAAGCCUCCACCAAGGGUGCCGUCCUCCUCUUCGUCGCCUCCGAGGCCGAAUUCUACGCCCGCAGCUACGGCGCCUCCGAGUUUGGCGGUGGCAUCAUCGGUGGUAUCACCGGCGGUGUCGCCCAGGCCUACGCCACCAUGGGCUUCUGCACUUGCAUGAAGACGGUCGAGAUCACCCAACACAAGAUGGCUGCCACCGGUGUCAAGCCUCAGUCUACCUUUCAGACCUUCAUGGGCAUCUACAACAAGGAGGGCAUCCGCGGCAUCAACAAGGGUGUCAACGCCGUUGCCAUCCGUCAGAUGACCAACUGGGGUAGCCGUUUCGGUCUCAGCCGUCUUGCCGAGGGCUGGAUCCGCAGCGCCACUGGUAAGAGGGAUGGCGAGAAGCUCGGUGUCUGGGAGAAGAUCCUCGCCAGUGGUAUUGGUGGUGGUCUCAGUGCAUGGAACCAGCCCAUUGAGGUUAUCCGUGUCGAGAUGCAGAGCAAGAAGGAGGAUCCCAACCGUCCCAAGAAGAUGACGGUCGGCAACACUUUCAAGUACAUUUACGAUUCCAACGGUAUCAGGGGUCUUUACCGUGGUGUCGCCCCCCGUAUUGGUUUGGGCAUUUGGCAGACGGUUUGCAUGGUUGCGUUUGGUGACAUGGCUAAGGCUUAUGUUGAGAAGCUGACCGGCGAUUCGGUUACUGCUAAGCAUUAAGAGGCGUUCAUGGGAAGCGGCGAAGAUAAUCGCUCAAAGGGUAAUACCCAAUGCGUUUUUAUGUUUCUUGGAUUACUUGGGUUUUUCUCUGAUAGGUGCCACGGAGAUCGUGGAUAUGAUCUGGUCAGGGGAAGCGGUCGCCGCCUUAUGCAUGUGUUUCUUUUUUGACACUAUCUAUUGUAGACAUGGUUCCGGGUCUGUGAGGGAACGGGCUUAUACGAAAUAGACGAAAAUCAUCAUUGUUUCUGAUAAA